AUGACUGAACUAUCUAACUCUACCAAACCUCAGAUCUCAAAUUCCUCAGAUUCGGAAGCUGAGGUAAGUAUGUCUAAUACUCCUGACUCUCCCAUCUCGAGAAAAUUAGAUAUUAAUGUAACUAGCUCUACUAAG